AUGGCGGGAUUGAAGGAGGCAAAAGAUCAACCAGAUGCUGGAUUGAGGAGUUUGAAUCACUAUGCCAAUUCAUUGCCGCUCUGGCGCUACUGGCCACGACAGAAACUGAUUCCCCUCGUCCGUUAUGAGACACCGUACCUCGCAUGGCUGCAAGAGAAGAUGCGCACCCCGGCGCUGGACUCAUACUUCGCAUUCACGGCGAACCUCGGCACACACACUUUCUUCAUGGUCUUUCUACCUUUCCUGUUCUGGUGUGGUCAUACCAGCCUGGGUCGAGGGCUUGUGCACAUCCUCGCGGCCGGCGUCUUUAUCAGUGGAUUUAUCAAGGACUUGCUCUGUCUACCCCGACCUUUAUCUCCUCCCCUCCAGCGGAUCACCAUGUCUGGCUCUGCUGCACUUGAAUACGGAUUUCCUUCCACGCAUUCCACCAACGCCGUGUCCGUGGCGGUCUACGCGCUGGCGCUGCUGAAAUCGCCCGAUUCGACCGUGCCCUCGCAAACGAACUUCAUCUUGCAGAUUGUCACAUAUCUCUACGUGACUUCCAUCGUCAUCGGGCGACUGUACUGCGGCAUGCAUGGCUUUUUCGAUGUGGUCAUUGGGUGCCUGCUCGGUGCGUUGAUUGGCCUGGCCCAAUUCAGCUACGGCCCUGCCUUUGAUGAGUAUAUAUUAUCGGCGACGUGGGUGGAGAUCCUGGUCAUCCCGACUGUCAUCCUCAUCCUCGUCCGUAUCCACCCCGAACCAGCAGAUGAUUGUCCAUGCUUCGAUGAUAGCGUUGCGUUUGCGGGGGUUUGGCUCGGAGUCGAUGUGGGCUCAUGGUAUUUUACAACGUCCAGUCUCGCAUGGGCGGAUCCUCUGCCUGGAACAAUUCCGUACAGUUACCAGCGUCUUGGUCUCUUGGGCACGGUGAUCCGCCUCGUGGUCGGGGUUUUGUGUGUUUUCGCCUGGCGAGAGUUUACCAAGCCAACGUUGCUGCGUAUCCUUCCGCCUGUCUUCCGAAGCCUUGAGAAAGUGGGCCUGCUUCUACCCCGUCGAUUCUUUACUACGGCUUCGCGGUACACCACUAUUCCCCCGAACUUGAAGGACGACGAGGUAUUUCCAAAUAUCUCAGACAUUCCAUCUUUCAUCACGACCAUACGUCAUCCUCGCCGCCGAGCAGUGUCGGUUGGUCCUCAGUCUGAGGCCGACGCCUACGAAGCCCUUGCCUACCGGGAAAAGCGGAGACGCGAAAGCCUGUCGGGGGGAAACCAGGAUCCUCUCGCGGAUGACACUCGCAGUGCAAACGGUAGACCAGCGCUGAACCGAAAACCGUCCAAGCUGGAUCAUUACGAGGAAAUGAUGGGCACCGUCAGCUCCGGUGCGGCCAACGGCGUGGCUAAUUCGAACAUACCACAAUCGGCAUAUCUUUCCCCCGCUGCGAAUGCCGGUACUGGCCCCGCCGAUGCGAGAGAGGUCUUCUCGCAGAUCAAAAAGCCUCGUGUGCGUUAUGAUGUGGAGGUGGUGACCAAAUUGGUUGUGUAUGCGGGAAUUCCUUGGGUGGUCAUUAAUGUGGCCCCUCCCGUUUUUCAAUUCAUCGGCUUCGGUGUUUCCUCUUAA